AUGCAGUUGUCUAUUGCGACUGCGACUACUUUCCUGCUUGCCUUCACAGGCGCCGCCACUGUGCAGAAGCGUCAACAUCCAGCAUGUGCACCUUAUUUCUAUGACGGCAGCGUCUUUCCCUUUGACUACGCCUGGGGCAAGUAUGAACUCUGUUGUAACUACAACGGCGUCAACUCGGCUUCAUUCAAACCCGGCAUUUCCAUGACAAGAUUCCCACCAAUUGACCUGGCAGUAGCCUGUCCAGGACCUCGCUGCCUGGGAGACUUGGAGUCAACUCGUAUGUCCCGCGAUGCCUUGCGACAUAUCGCAGAACACGACAACAGUCAUGACUACCCAUAUUGCUGGGGCUAUGCUAUCUUCCGCACUGUAUAUACGCCCGGUUCCGAUGAGGUCAUAGCAAACGCCGUCGACCGGCUAGCCAUCUAUGCGAAGCUUUUUACUCAGGAGCACCAAACUCAUCCAAGGGUGCCAGGAGCCGCGAUGGCAUUCAACAUCCGCCCGAAUGAAGAGCUCUGGAGCCGCUACUAUAGUGAGCUGGUACAGGACGAACAGACUCUGUCCAAUGCGACUGAGAGUGAUGUCGGGGACAGCUUCGAUAUUUGGGUUAGGCAACACCGCCGUCCUAUGACUAGCAGUGUCCUUGAACGCAAUAGCAGGUUCAAUUUCUGCCUAAUGCUGGACGAGGAGAGCCUCGAAAAUACUCUUGCCAUGCCAGAGGAUCCUUACGCCCCGGCCAAUAGUAUUGCUCGUAGCGAGGGCGAGGGCUGGGUCAAGCUUAUCUCGAAAAGAAUGCGGUCCGAAGACGAGGGAGGCGGCGGCAGGUAUUGGUUAAGAGUCGGAAUUAGGGAUUUCUUAUGGCCUGUGUGGUUCUUCCCAUCUGACUCGGAUAUCCUGAUUGAGGAGAUGGGUUGGUGUGAUGCAGAGGAUGGAGUACAAAACCUCUGGGGCAUGCCUGAUGACUGGUUUACGGAGAUUAUGGCAGCUCAGUCCGGCAGUCAAACCGAAUGA